GUACUGCCCUGCGUCAGUCGCACCAUGGCCAGCCAUGCGCCGUGCUGCUGUCGCCCUGGCGCGGCGGGUGCAUCUGAUCACCUGCGAGGAAUCGGCACAGCAGUGGUGCGAGAAAUACCUGGAGGCAUCAGACACUGCAGAUGUCUCAGCUUCACAUGGAGCCGCAAUCGCUUUGGACUGUGAAGGAGUUCGCCUGGGUCGUUUUGGACGCAUUUGUUUGAUGCAGAUGCAGGACCACAACGGCCGCGUGUUGCUGUGUGACGCGCUCCGCCCGGGAGUGAUCAAAGCCCUUGGUCCGCUGCUGCAGAGCAAGCGAGUGACCAAGGUGAUUCAUGACUGCCGAGAAGAUAGCGCGGCUCUAUAUCAUCAACAUGGCAUCCAACUACAAGGUAUUUUCGACACGCAAGUGGCACAUGCGCAGCUGGAGCUCCUUGCAGGGAGACCUGCGUACCAGGCGUCGGCCACUGAACUUCUGCUGACCUAUUUGGGCGUGGAAUCAGAGGCACCGGACCUCAAGUCUCUGAUGCUUCAGGAUGCCAACCUAUGGUCUCGAAGGCCCUUGACCAACACCCUGGUGGCCUAUGCCAUUCAAUCUGUGGUGCAUCUGCUCAACUUGCGACUGCGGCUCUUAGAAGAGUGUGACAGGAGAGCCGAAGCCGAAGCUGCCAGCCUCAAGAAGGACAUUGCAGAAGCUUCAACUCGUGCAGUGAGUUACUGCUUGCUGAACAGCGAGUUUCCUACAGCGGAGAGUAUGGCGAAGACCGGCACCCGACUUUGGGCCUUGAUGGCCUCCCGCUGUCCUGAGAAGCUGGUCUUGAAACUGAACGCCGGCCGGGUCGGGCUGGUGACCACGCCCUCCGCCAUGCAACGCUUCCAGGACGUCGAGUUGGGAGACAUGGUCUUUUGCUGCAUCAGCGGCGUAAGCAUCGAUGGUCGCUUUCUGUACCUGGACCGUUACGACCACGACUGGGACUUCUUUGAUCACCAGCUGCGACCUUCAAACACCCCAGAGGUUGGGGUUUAUGGCCGGGAGCAUCGCUUCAGCACCUCCUUAUUUUCUUCCGAUGUUGAUCCUCUUCUUCUGCGAGGCCUGCCUGGACUCGCCUCGGAAGACAAGGCGGCUGGCAGCAGCGCCUGGGACGUGAGUCCUGAAGAUUUGGGAGAUCCUUUCGAGGAAGCGACCAACGCGACCACCGGCGACAACUUGGAAGCGCUGGGGCUGCCCAUCUUGGCGGACGAGACCUUGCAGCUGGUGGAAUUCAGGGAAGUCUGCUGCACCUCUAUUUGUUGCGACCUGACCGAGCAAAAUGCCAAGGUGGCAGUGAGCUAUGACACGGGCAAUGUCAGCAUCCUGGAGCUAGGUGAAGAUGUCGUUGACGCGAUGACCUUCGCAUGUAGCCAGGUGGACAACAAGAUCAAUACCAUGGCAAUGCUGCCCAAUCCAAGGCUGUGCCGGACAGAUGAGACGUAUUCGAAGCAACACAUCUUGGUUGGGACGGAGGCUGGAAUCGUGACUGAUUGGAUGAUGGACAGGAACUUGAGUGAUCCCUGCCAGUGGCAAGCGCAUUCGAAGUCUCCCCUGGCCUCAGGGGAACCCUCAGGCGUCUCUGCUUUGAGUAUCGGCUGCAACGAGUUUCUCUCCAGCGGAGCUGAUGGGUCCCUGUGCUUCUGGAGUGCAGGCCUACGACAGGGCGAUCGACACGUCUUGAGGCGAAUUCUGCCGGCCCACCGCGGGGCUGUGACCUGCGUGGACAGUGCGGGAGCGAGGCAGGGCUCGGCUUUUAGUGCUGGGCAGGAUGGACAUGUGCGCUACUGGGCAGAGGAAAGCUCUGCUGAGCUGCCAGAACAUCUUCGAGAUUUUAGGGACAGGAGCCCCCUGGCGCCCAUCGACUGCAUGUGCGUGGACAGACGACUUUCUCGCAUUCUGGCUGGAUCCCAGGACGGUUAUGUUCGCCUGUGGGACACGGAUGUGUGGCGCGCCACCAAGCGGGAUGGCCACAUCUCAGCUCGGGAAAACACGCGGUCAAGGUUUCCUCCGUUGACGGCAGUUCGCUUCAACACCGCUGAGGCCUCGUACCAUGAGUUUGUCAGCGCUGCGGCCGACGGCUCCUGGUGUCUGUGGGACCUCCGGGUGCCUUCUCCGGUCAAAGGCCAGGUGAAGGACAGAACUCCAUUAAUCUCGGUGGCUUUGAAUGGGGCGCGGCUGCUCACCUGUUCGAAAAGCAGCUCCCUGGCAUUGUGGGACCUCCGAAGUGACAAGGUCUUGCGGAAAGUGUUGGCGAUGAACUUCCUGAAGGCCCAGAUUUGAGUCAGCUGAAUGACGAGGCUAAAACAAGCAGUUGCUGCACUGCUCACAAGCCGCCCUGAUUGAGGUGAUUCAACCUGCACGAAGAGUCAGAGGUUCCGGCAGAGAGACACUGUACAAACAAAGCGCGAUGCAACGCAAGGGAAGCAACCAGGCCCGUUUGCAAUGGCCGACGUGACCAGAGAGCCGCAAC